AUGGCAGGUCGGUCUUCGAAAAUUCAACAGCACAUUAACUACAAAGUCCGAGUUAUGUUGCAAGAUAGUCGCGAGCUGCAAGGAGUCUUUUUAGCGUUCGACAAGCACAUGAACGUAAUUUUGGGCGACUGUGAAGAAAUGAGGAAAAUAAAACCCAAAAAGUCAGGCGAAAAAGAGGAACGAAGAGUGCUGGGUUUGGUUCUAUUAAGAGGCGAACAUUUAGUAUCCUUAACAGUAGUCGGACCACCUGUUCAAGAAGACAGACGAGUACCCUUAGUUAAUAACCCAGGUGCUGGAGGACCGGGCAUGGGUAGAGCGGCUGGGAGAGGAGCCGGACCCAUGGGUGUUGCUCCUGGUCUGCAAGGCCCCGCGCCUGGAUAUGGAGCACCCUCGCACCAGAUGAUGGCUCCUGGUUUUCAUGGAGGCCCCCCACCCGGCCCGGGUUACAUGCAACCCCCAAUGAUGCGAGGACCCCCUCCUGGUCGAUAUUAG